CUGCUAUAAAUACUGAAGCAGUCACUUUUACUUAAUGCAUGUAGUCUAGUCACUCAGUAACUUCACUUUCUUGUCCUCUCACUUGAGCGCUCUCUUUCUCCAUUGCUCGAGUCUUGUGGUCAGUGAGAAAAAUCAUAAAUACAUAAAACCGCCGGAGAAAAAUGGGAAGAGCGCCGUGUUGCGAGAAGGUCGGGAUAAAGAGAGGGCGGUGGACGGCGGAGGAAGACCAGAUUCUCUCUAGCUACAUUCAGUCCAACGGUGAAGGCUCUUGGAGAUCUCUCCCCAAAAAUGCCGAUCUCAAGCGCGGGAACAUAACUCUAGAAGAAGAAGAACUCGUUGUUAAAUUGCAUUCCACAUUGGGAAACAGGUGGUCACUAAUUGCUAGUCAUCUACCAGGGAGAACAGACAACGAAAUCAAAAACUAUUGGAACUCUCAUCUCCGCCGUAAACUCCACAACUUCAUCAUCAGGAAGCCAUCCAUCUCUCACAACGUCCCUGAUGUAGUCAUAAACGCUCCUCCAAGGUCACCGCGUCCGCCUACAAAACGCAGACCAGGGAGAACCAGCAGAUCCACCAUGAAACCUAAAACACACCACCCAAAUAUUCGAAAGAUGAAGAAAACGUCUGAACCGCCGGAACCAGAAGCCAGCGCAGCGGUUAAAGCAGGAGAAGAAACAUUAAUGAUGGAGUUAAACGGAGCCGAGGCUGAGCUAGGACCAUGCAACUACUAUGUAACCUGUCACGAAGGAGGAGCUUGUCGCAAUAAUAAUAAUAAUAACAGCAUUGAUGGCGAUAAAGGAGUUUCAUCCUUUGAUGAAGACAUCAUUGAUCUUUUGUUGGACGAAUCAGCUCCAAGCCACGUGUUGACAUCGUGUGGUGGUAAUGCAGAGUUGAAUCAUCUAGGAGACUCUGAAGAAGCCAAAAGGUCUUCGGAGAUUUUAAACCAAGAGAGUAUCGACUGUCUUCAGUCUUGUCCGUCGAUGGAGUCGUUUCUCAACUAUGAGCAUCAAGUCAACAAUAAUGCGUUCACGGAUGAGUUUAUUGAUUGGGACUGUGUUUGGCAACAAGGGGAUGACAAUAACAUUUUCGAUGAGAAAGAGGGUUCUGAUUCAAUGGUGUCGUGGCUUUUGGACGGUGAAGAUGAGGCCACGAUCGGGAAAAGUAAUUGCGAGAACUCUGGAGAACCACUGGAUCAUGACGAGGAAAAUGCGUUGGUCGCAUGGCUUCUCUCUUGAAUAUAUUUAUUUAUCUGUUAAGUUUGUAGUCCUUUUUUUUUGAGCACCGUAUUGUAUGUGAUGUCUUAUCAUCGACUUAUUAAGGUAUACUUUGUAUGGUUUGUUUUGAAAGUUUAUGUCUUGCCUUUUUCAUGUUAUUUAAUAAAGAGGUACAAAAUGUAGGUCUA